AUGUCUCCCGGGCCGCGGGUGAUCCGCACCGACGUCAGCAGCAGCGGGGGCGCCUCGACCUCCGCCCCCCCGCCAGACUCGGGCCGGCUGGACCGAGCCUACGCGCGCUCCUGCGCCGCCGUGCUGAAGGGGGCCCAGAUGGUGUUGCUGCUGAUUGCAUUCAUCUGCAUAAAGAACUCGGUAUGGACUGAUCACAUUGCGUACAGUUACUUCGAAAUUAUCACCAUGUGUGACUUCGUGAUGAUCCUGGUCUUCUACAUUGUUUACCUUUUCCGAGUUUACCGAAUGCUGACUUGCAUCAACUGGCCGCUUACGGAGUUUCUCCAUUACCUAAUAGGCACUAUCCUGCUUCUCAUCGCAUCCUUUGUGGCAGCAGCAAAAAGCUACAACUCAGGAGGACUUGUGGCUGGAGCGACCUUUGGCUUUUUAGCUACAUUCCUGUGCAUCUUAAGUAUAUGGCUAUCAUACAAAGUUUCAUGUGUGACUCAGUCAACAGAUGCUGCUGUGUGAGUCUUCUGCCCCUGCUGGACCAAAGAGGGGAGUUUACAUUAAACCCAGAGAAGAGACAGCAAAUCUGUGCAA